CCCCCUCCUUCAUGAUUGGUCAGCCAAUAGGGGGCGAUAUCCGGGGAGCAGCGGCAUUUGCUGAGAGCUUCCGGGGCAGGCGAUGUGUCCCCGCCCACGCGGGGUUGUGGCUGCGGUAGGAUGCUCAUUCCUGCCCGUGUCUGUAGCACUGGCACCGAUGGUAGCCUCUCUGGGGCUGAUACCACUCUGCGGAUCUGGAACCACCAGACCUGUGCCAGGAACCCCCUGUGUCUGGUGUCCUCCAGCCUUGGUCCGUGAGGACCCUGGGGCCAGCCUGUGCGGUUUGUGAUACCUGCAGUAGGGGCAGAGAGCACAGACCUGCUGCCAUCUUUGCUGGGUUGUGGUGUAUCGUGUUGUGAGGUCCCUGUGUCGGACUGGGCUGGUGCUGGGCACUAGCCUUUCCCCAGGAAUCUUCCACCGGUCCAGCCCCUUCCUGCUGCAAUGCGCCGGGACAAGCCUCAGGAGCGGGCAGCCAGCUGGCCAGCUGAUCACAUCAAGGUGCUAAUUGCCUUGUGGGCAGAGGCGGCCACCUCACAUGACCUGAGCUCGCGUGGCAGGAACAGGGUUGUCUAUGAUGGUAUCUCCCAGCGCCUGGCUGAGCUGGGCAUCUACCGCACCGGGGACCAGUGCCGGGAGAAGAUGAAAGGCCUUAAGGUGACAUAUCGCAAGGCCAAAGAGAACAAUGCAGCUGGGAGGCCACCCAUGCGUUGCCCAUUCUACGAGGAGAUGGACCAGAUCAUGCAGCGCUCCGACAGCACCCGCUCUAGCCUCCUGGCAGAGAGUGGGGAUGGGCCUGGUGCUGUGGACAGGCAGGAGGGCACAGCUGCCCCAGAGAACUGGGGGGCACCAUCCUUUGAGCCAUGGGAUUCCCAGGCCACUGCUGCCUUUGAGCACUGGGAGUCCCAGGCCUCAGCCUCUGACCAUUGGGGGUCCCAGGCUGCUGCCUCAGAGAGCCAGGGGGCUGAGGAGCUGGGCUACGUGCUCCCUGAGGCUCAGGGCCUGCUGGGCGAGGUGCAGGCCGUGCAGGUGAAGGAGGAGGAGGCGUCUGCGGAUGAACUGCCACCUGAGCCUGACAGAAAGCAGAAGACCAGAAGUACAAAGUGGAGGCAAUUCAGUGUUUAUUGGGACCCUUCCCCAUCGGCAUCGGCGGAGCCCCAACCGGCCUCCCGGAAGCUGGUCUCGGCACUGGACCGGCUUGUACACCUCCGGGCCAGGAAGCGCAAGGCACGGGAGGAUGGGCCACUGGAGACUCCACGGGGCCCUAGCCAGAAGCACGGGCGCAGCCAGCUGGAGCUGAAGCGGGCAAGGCGCACUGGUGCCUGGAGGGCGGAGGAGAGGCAGAGCCUGGCCGAGUUCAUCCAGCAUGACCGGGAGAUGCGGCGGGAGGACCGGGAGUUCCAGGCCCAGCUCCUGGAGAAGCUCUUCCAGAAGCAGCUGGAGAUGGUGGGGGCCCUGGCCCAGCCUGCACCCCCACUGCAGGAGCCGGAGCCGGUGGUACGGGAGGGAGCUGGGCUCCAGUUUCCCGCUCUGCUGGAGCAAGUGGUGCAGACGCAGGCCAAGGGGCAGGAGGCCGAGGCAGCUGGCCCUGCCCCUGCAGGAGCCCCGGAGCGAGCGGGGAAAGCGCCCCCUGCUGUGCAGUACUGGACGGCAGAUGAGAUCCUGCGCUGGCUGGUGCCGCAGCAGCCUUGGGGUGAGCGGUGUCGGGAGGGGCUGCCGGGCCCCCUGGCCUCACGGGGAGAGCGAGAAAGGGGAGAGAGUGAGUCCGAUCUCGCAUUCUCCAGACGAGUGACUGACACCUGUCAGGGGCCCAAAGGGCUGGAGGGAGCCCGACUUCUCCCUCCGCUCUGUGGGAAAACCCAACAGAUCCAUGCCAGCCUGGAUGCCAGCGAGGCCGGUGACGGUGCCAAGGUGAAAGGAACUGUCCUGCACCACCAUGACACGGAGACACAGCGCCAGCGCUUCAGGGGCUUCUGCUACCGGGAGGCUGAGGGGCCCCGGGAGGUUUAUGGCCGCCUGUGGGAACUUUCCCAUCGCUGGCUGCAGCCAGAGGCCCGCACCAAGGAGCAGAUGUUGGAGCUUCUGGUUCUUGAGCAGUUCCUGAGCCUCCUGCCUGAGGAAAUGCAAAGCUGGGUGCAGGAGCGUGGCCCAGUGAGUGGCCAGGAGGCCGUGGCCCUGGCAGAGGAUUUCCAGCUUGUUCCCCAGAAGCCCAGAUGGCAGCCCCAGGCGCGGGUGCCAGCCCAGGAAGGGGCCAGGGAUGUCGGUGCGGCGCAGCGGGCUCCACUGGCCGAGCGGCAGAGGGCGCCCCAGGGGUCCAGCGGGCAGGAGAACGGCUGGAACAGCGGCUUGCUGGCUGCCACGCCGGACACCCCGCUGGUGCGGAGACCAAGCUUGGGGGCGAUUGAGACAGCUGCUCCCCAGCCCCUGUGCAGCAGAGUGGACUCCAGGCAGGGACAGCAAGUGGAGAAUGGCUUAGAGCCACGGCAGAGCACUGGGCACCUGCGGCAAGCAGAGAAGAACACUGCCCCAGUGCCACGCCCAGCAGCUGGGAAGGCGACCGAGCUGCGCAGUGCUGGCCUAGGAGGGCAUGUGGGGACAGACGGCUUGCCACAGGGCAGGGCCACCAUUCAAGGGGGCAGCAGCAUCUCAGAGGCUCAGAAUGGGGUCACACAGCUGCCUGUGCCCUGCACCCCAUGUGAGCAGCAGACACCUGCUGGCCUUGUGCGGACGGAGUGCACCGGCUCCAAGGGUGGCAGAACCUGCAGCGCCCUGCCCAGGAGCGCUGGUUGUGAAUCCCCAGGGCUGGACGGCCCCUUGCUUGGGGCCCUCCUGGAGACAUCCUUGGAUUCCCCAUGGGACAGAGAGGGCAGCGCAGACAGAGCCCCAGAGGGUGGCAUGGCCUGCCCUGGGGCACAGCCCCGCUGCCUAGGCUGCACAGUACUGCGGGCUGAUCUGGACGCCACGCGAGAGGAGCUGAGAAUCACCCAAGGUAGGCACUGGCUCCCAGGGAGCCCAUGGGUCAAUGCUGUCACCAGCCAGGGCCUGACAGCAGCAAACAGAACCUGGGCCGCCCGCCCGGGCAGAGGGCAGCUGCCGGGGGUGUCAGCCACACUGCCUGAGUCUGCACAGAGCCUGGGCCUGCCGCGGGGGGCGGCUCCCGCCCCUGACUCGCCGCGCUGCGGCGCUGCCCGUGCACGCAGGGGCUGCCGGGGCUGCAGGAAGGAGAAAAUCCAGACGGGGCCCGGGUGA